CAGGACAGGACAGUCGGAGCUCCAGGUUCACUCUGCCGCAGACUCGGUAUCGCUCUCUUCAUACUUGUGGUGAUUUCGUGUAUACAAUCCGGGCUGUGAUGGAGCGCUGGCGGGGCAGAGUGGCUCUGGUGACCGGAGCGUCGGUCGGGAUCGGGGCGGCUGUAGCCGUAGAGCUGGUCCGGUGCGGCAUGAAAGUGGUGGGCUGCGCCAGAGACGUCGGGAAAAUACAGAAACUGGCAGCAGAGUGUCAGAGCGCCGGCCACCCCGGUGUUUUGGUGCCUUUCAAAUGCGACUUGACCAAAGAGGCAGAGAUUCUGUCCAUGUUUGCAGCCAUCAAACAGCAGCACAAAGGCGUGGACGUGUGCAUCAACAACGCUGGCUUGGGUCUCCCAGAGCUGCUGAUAAAUGGGAAAACCAACGGCUGGAAGACCAUGAUGGAUCUGAACGUUCUUGCAGUGAGUAUCUGCACACGUGAAGCGUAUCAGUCGAUGAAGGAGAGAAACGUGGACGAUGGGCACAUCAUAAACAUAAACAGCUUGUGCGGAUAUCAGGUCUUUCCCAUUCCUGAUCUGCAUUUCUACACCGCCACCAAGUAUGCUGUAACUGCUCUGACCGAGGCUCUGAGGCAGGAGCUGCGUGCAGAAAAAACUCACAUCAGAGCCACAAGCAUUUCUCCUGGUUUAGUGGAGACAGAAUUCGCUUCACGGCUCCACAGCGACAAUCCUGACAAAGCAGCUGGUAUAUAUGCUGCAUACAAGCCUCUGGAACCCAAAGACAUCGUCAGCGCUGUCACGUACGCGCUCAGUGCCCCUCCUCAUGUUCAGAUUCGAGACAUUCAGUUUGAAGCUGUGUAGCAGGUGUCAUGCAGUUUGUUACCCUGGCCAGUACAAAGAUUUGAUCAUCACUGUUUCUUGAUUCUUUUUGACAAGUUGAAUUGUGUGGCUGUGCCAUAUAAUGUACUCGCAAAUUCUACUUCUUUACUACAUUUAAAAAAGUGCUGAUUUAUACUGAAAAUUUUCCGUAA